GGCGGCAGGAGGCAAAAGCUGAGCGGAGCGGAUAAACAGCGGGAAGAAAGGAAGGCAGAAAGAAAAGAAAAAAAAAAGAAAAGAAAAAAAGGCGAUUGGGGGGAACUAACCAGCCGCGGCUUUUCCGAGUGGGAAUUACAGCGCGUGGAGAAGGAGAGGGCAACGCCUGGCCGGCGUUCCCGCUUUUCUUGCCCUUUCGUCGGGUCGAAGCGUUUCAAACUUGAACGGAUGGAAUCACAGUAUUAGGCAUCUUUCGCACCAUCUCUUGCUCCAAGGGUGGUGGCACCUGUACAAUACCUUCCCCCCCCCUUUCUCCCUCCCCUCCCCCGGGCAGGGCCGGGGAGUAUCGCUCCGGGGGGAGCUCUGCAUGGGGAGACCCAAAGAGCGGUUUCCCCCUCUGGUCUGCCGCUCGUGCCCUUCCCCCUUUAGACAUACUGCUUUAUAGUGACAGAAGCAACUUAAAGAUCAAUGAAAAAAUCAUUGGAAUAUUUGCUGUUCAUAAAAUCAUAAGAAAAACUUCCGUUCUUUGGAUGCCCAAACAUUUAAAACAAAAACUUGAUUUCCUACGCUGUCAGGCUGUAUUUGAUCUGCUCUUGUGAUUAAUAAGGAGAAGCUAGAAGAAAACAAUAUGGCUCAUAUUAGUUUCGCUUUAAAGAUUUGCCAGCUGGCACUGGGAUUGCUCAUAAAUUCAUUUCAAGCAACUUCCAUACAAAAAAACGAAUGCCCACAAUUGUGUGUCUGUGAAAUAAGACCCUGGUUUACUCCUCAGUCAACCUACAGAGAAGCUCCAACAGUUGACUGCAAUGAUCUUCGUUUAACAAAAAUCCCCAGUAACCUUUUCAGUGAUACUCAAGUCCUUCUCUUACAAAGCAACAAUAUUGCCAAGACCACAGAUGAACUCCAGCAACUUUUCAAUUUAACAGAGUUGGAUUUUUCACAAAAUAAUUUUACUAGCAUAAAAGAUGUGGGAUUAUCAAAUCUUUCUCAGUUAACUACUUUACACUUGGAGGAAAAUCAGAUCACAGAGAUGACAGAUUAUUGCCUACAAGACCUGUGCAAUCUACAGGAACUUUAUAUCAACCAUAAUCAAAUCAGUACAAUUUCUGCAAAUGCAUUCUCAGGCUUGAAGAAUCUUCUAAGACUUCAUCUUAAUUCCAAUAAAUUAAAAGUUAUUGACAGUCGUUGGUUUGAUUCUACACCUAACUUGGAAAUUUUGAUGAUUGGAGAAAAUCCUGUGAUUGGAAUACUAGAUAUGAACUUCAAAUCACUGUCCAAUUUAAGAAGUCUAGUUCUGGCUGGAAUGUAUCUGACUGAUAUCCCUGGAAAUGCUCUAGUGGGGUUGGAUAGUCUUGAAAGUCUCUCAUUUUAUGAUAACAGAUUGGCUAAAGUUCCUCAGCUUGCCCUUGAAAAAGUCCCAAAUUUAAAAUUUUUAGAUCUUAACAAAAACCCAAUCCAUAAAAUCCAAGAAGGAGAUUUCAGAAACAUGCUUCGGUUGAAAGAACUUGGGAUCAACAACAUGGGAGAGCUGGUGUCUGUUGAUAGGUAUGCACUAGACAAUCUUCCUGAACUUACAAAGCUUGAAGCAACCAAUAACCCAAAGUUAUCUUACAUACAUCGUUUAGCAUUUCGGAAUGUUCCUGCUCUGGAAAGCUUGAUGCUUAAUAAUAAUGCCUUGAAUGCGGUCUACCAAAAAACAGUGGAAUCCCUGCCAAAUUUGCGGGAGAUUAGUAUUCACAGUAAUCCACUCAGGUGUGACUGUGUCAUUCACUGGAUCAAUUCAAACAAGACCAAUAUUCGUUUCAUGGAACCCUUAUCAAUGUUUUGUGCUAUGCCACCAGAAUACAAAGGACAACAAGUAAAGGAGGUAUUAGUACAGGAUUCCAGUGAACAGUGUCUUCCAAUGAUUUCACAUGAUACUUUCCCAAACCACUUGAAUUUGGACAUUGGCAUGACUGUCUUUUUGGAUUGUCGGGCUAUGGCAGAACCUGAGCCUGAGAUUUAUUGGGUUACUCCACUUGGGAAUAAAAUAACUGUGGAAACUCUUUCAGACAAAUAUAAGAUUAGUAGUGAAGGCACACUGGAAAUAUCAAAUAUUCAGAUGGAGGAUUCAGGAAGAUACACAUGUGUAGCUCAAAAUAUAGAAGGUGCAGAUACAAGAGUGGCUACUAUAAGGGUGAAUGGAACACUUCUUGAUGGUACUCAGGUGCUGAAAAUUUAUGUCAAGCAAGCGGAGUCUCAUUCCAUCCUAGUUUCUUGGAAAGCUAACUCUAAUGUUAUGACAUCUAACUUAAAAUGGUCAUCUGCAACUAUGAAGAUUGAUAACCCACACAUUACAUACACUGCAAGGGUCCCAGUUGAUGUGCAUGAAUACAAUCUUACCCAUUUGCAACCCUCCACAGAUUAUGAAGUCUGUCUCACGGUAUCUAAUAUCCAUCAGCAAACUCAGAAGUCUUGUGUAAAUGUUACUACAAAAAAUGCAGCGUUUGCCCUUGAUAUUACUGACCAAGAGACAAGCACAGCCCUAGCUGCAGUCAUGGGAUCCAUGUUUGCUGUUAUUAGUCUUGCCUCUGUUUCUGUCUACGUUGCAAAAAGGUUUAAAAGGAAAAACUAUCAUCAUUCAUUGAAAAAAUAUAUGCAAAAGACCUCUUCCAUUCCUUUGAAUGAACUCUAUCCUCCACUUAUUAAUCUCUGGGAAGGUGACUGUGAAAAAGAAAAGGAAGGCUCGGCAGAAACCAAGCCAACUCAAGUGGACACAUCCAGAAGCUAUUAUAUGUGGUAACUCAGAUAAUAUUUUGCUUCUGGUAGUAAGGAGCACAAAGACUUUUUUGCUUUAUUCUGCAAAAGUGACAAGUUUGAAGACUUUUGUAUUUUCUGACUUUGCUAGUUUUGUGGCAGAGUGGUGAGGACAGGUGGAUAUUUCAAUUUUUUUUAGUAUAGCGUAUCGCAAUUGUUUUCACACAAAAAUGGCAGCUUCACCUAGCUUCCAAUUUUUUAGUUGUACUUAAUUUAACAAAGUUGAUCUAACUAUUAAAAAAAUUAAAGGCUAGGAUUACCCUUUGAUUUUCAAGUCGCUUGAUCCCCUUUCUUCUGAAGCCAUCAACAGGAAGUACAGUAUCCUACAAAAUCUUAAUGAUUCCAACUUGAAAAUACAUUAAACCAGCUUUGUCAUAAUCUGGUCUAAGGACUCUUUUAAACUUGAGAUAAGAUGACAAGAUUUUGAACAAUUUUAGUUGGCUGUACUGUAAUGUUGUAUCAACUGAUUUGAAUGUUUUUGACUAUGAACAAUUGAUUUUUCUUUUUUAAUAGUUGAAGAAACUUAGGUAAAGCUAACAAAACAAUUAAAAUAUGUACACUUUUUCAAUGUAACAAACUAAAUGUUAAUUAUCUUUUAUUAUAUUUAGUAGAAACUUUAAAUACUGUAGUUUUUUCUGUGUAAUCCACCAACACCUGGCAUAGAAUGAAGAUGAGAGUACAAUAAAUUAUAGUUUUGUUGUUUGUUUUUUAGAAGAGUUGCAAUAAUGUAUCUUUAGGUUUCAUCACCAGCUUUAUUGGGUGAUUUACGUUUUGACAUAAAAUAUAUUCAUUCUUCUAUAAAAUGAUACUUCUCUAAGGUCAAAUUAGAAUCAUU